AUGACAAGAAAAAACCCCAACAAGGAGUUUUCGGGUGAUGGAGAUACUGUUCGGCAGAUAAAGGCUGUUCUCAACAACGGAAGGGCAACCAACCGUCCCGUGAUGCUAGCGGUCAACGAUUGGGAUGGACUUUCUACCAAUUCGGUAGCUCUGGUUAAUAGCUUCCGUCCCUACAUCAACGAGGGCCAGAUAACUAUGGUUAUCUGGUUGCAGGAGCUCCAGGUAUUCCGAAAGGUAUCUGUGAAACAUGCCAUUAUGAUGCUCAGUGGCGAGUAUGAAGGUGAUGUUGACGAUUUCGAUCUUCCGUGGGCUACAAAGGAGUAUAUCGGUAAGAUCCAAGUCAUUGCCGCGUGGAAGAACAAUAUAUCGGUUGAUAUAUUGGAGCUCCGUCGGGAGACCAGGAAUCGAACCCGAGUUCCCAGCGUAGACGGCAAUAGCUGGUUUUACACCAGCACCACGGCCCGAUGUCGCUAUUGCGGGAGGGAGUUUACACGCGCUGACCAUCGUGGUCGCCACGAGAAGGAAGUGCCUCUCGAAAACCCUACUGUUCGCGCAGCGAAAGAAGCUGAGCCUCCGAAGAAGCGUGCAAAGCGCAGCUCCAAGUCGAAAACCCUCCAGCGGGAACAAGGUUUUGAAGCAUUAGACGACUCCCCCCUUAUCAGUUGA